AUGUCGUCCACAACCGGCGGUGUUUCCCUCAACCCUGAGGUGAAGUCCAAGAAAGAGAAGAAUCUAAAGCGCAAACAAGACAAACCAUCCAAGCUUGAGCAGCGCAAGAAGAAGCGCUCCGCCAAAGCCGAGAAGCGUGCUCUUAAGGCUGCCCUUGCCGGACCUAAGGAGGUUGUAGUCAACAAGCCCCGAAAGUCAAAGGCUAAAACGAAGCGAACCGUCACCGAUGUAAAGAGGAAGGAGAAACUCAGGGCCCGCGCCGAAAAGCUUCAGGAAAAGGCAAAUUUGUUGAUGGCAGAGGCCAAGAAGGCCGCCGCCCAAUACCAAGCCUUUUUAGAUGCCGAGAAAACCGCGAAUGAGUCCAAGUCUGAGCAUGACGACGACGACACCUCUUCUGACUCUGACACCUCAGACGAUGACUCCGACACCUCUUCUGAAAAUGAAGGUGGCGCUCCCGUGGCCAAGGAGCCUACGGAUGUUCCAAUGGACAUUCCCGCCGACGAAAUCGUGAUGAAGCACCGUCGACUGAGUAACGCCGCUUCCGAAAGAAGCCAUGUUUCCGCUGCCGACAUCCCCGCUGAAGCAGAGGAGGAGCCUAAGUCCAAGAAGGAUAAGAAAGACAAGAAGACAAAGAAAGUGAGAGUCGUUGAGCCUAAGGAGGUAGAUGAGCAGGCUGUCGAAUCUGAGGCCGAGGUUGAGGAACCCGAGGUUUCUGACAAGAAGUCCAAGAAGGCCGAGAAGAAGCGAAAGCGUGCAGCUGAGACCAAGGGCAAGAAGGAGCAAGGAUCCGACGAUGCUGCGGCUCAGGCUGAGCAAUGGCACGUUGACGCUCUUGAAGGUGGUACUGAUCGACAGGCCAAGUUCCUACGACUCUUGGGUGGUAAAAAGGCGGGCGCUCCUGUUGCCGCUUCCCAGGGUACCAAGGGCACAUCCGAUCCUACCAAGGCCGAAGCCGAUAUCCAGAAGCAGUUCGAGGCUGGCAUGAAGAUGAAGAAUGAAGUUGGUAGCAAGCGUCGCGGUCUGGGCGCAUAG